AGAAGAAGAGUAAUUAGCAAUGAGGAAGUGUGUGCAGGCUAACAGUCAGUGCUAACCGUUUAUGAGCUGAACGGUGCGUGUCUGCUGUUUGCCUUUGUGGGAGGGGCGGCCAGCCAUGACUCUGAUUGAGGGCGUCGGGAAUGAGGUGACUCUGCUGUUCGGGUCGCUCCUCAUCCUGCUGGUGCUGCUGCUGGCCUGGGCCUCCACCCGCACGGGUGAGCCACAUGACCAUCUCUUCACUGCCGCCACGACUCCUGCUGCCUCCUACAUUGACCCGCGCUUCUCUUCCACCACCUCCUCUUCACCCUCCAGUUCUGUAAAUGAGGGCUCACUAACGGAGACGUCGCUGCCUGCUGCUUCGCUGGAUGACGCUGGGCAGCAAGUGAAGGAGGAGGAGGAUGGAGGAGAUGCUCUGAGGAGUGGAGGAGGAGGAGGAGGAGAGGCAUCAGCUGCUUCACUGUCAUCUCAGAGGAAUAUGGUGGUCAGGCUGAAGUUCCUGAAUGACACAGAGAUAACGGCUCAGGUCCAACCACAGGAUACCAUUGGAUACAUCAAACGGACCUACUUCACAGGUCAGGAGCAGCAGGUGCGGCUGAUCUAUCAGGGUCAGCUGCUGCAGGACGACGCUCAGACGCUGGCGUCCCUCCAUCUGAUGCACAACUGUGUCCUGCACUGCCACAUCUCACAGCACGUCCCUCGUGGGGGGCCGGCAGGGGCUCGGCCAACAGACCAAGUGCACGUGGCACUAAACAUGGGCAGCCUGAUGGUCCCCCUGCUGGUGCUGAUGCUGUCUGUACUGUGGUACUGCCAGAUCCAGUACCGUCAGUUCUUCACAGCGCCUGCCACUGCCUUGCUGGUUGGUGUCACCAUCUUCCUCAGCCUGGUGGCCUUUGGUGUCUACCGCCGUUAGCCUGUGUAUCCCGUCAAAAGCCUCAGAGUCUACACUUUUCACAUGACCUUUGACCUGUCACAAAGCUGGAAGGAAGAACUGGACGUGGUUCCUUUGUCUUUUUUUUUUUUUUUUUUUGUCUUGACUGUUUUUUGUCGUGGUCAUGGAGAUGACUUGUUUAAAGAAAGGACUUGCGUUUGUGCAUCUGGAUUAUUUUCGUUGUGUGUGGUUUGUCUGUGGAAUCGUCAUCGUGCCUUUUUGUGUUCUGGGUCUGGAAGGUUGGACUCUGUCUAGAACUGGACUAGCAAAACAUAAUAAAUCUUUUAUUUAAUAUAAAUACA